AUGGACCCCCAACUAGUUAAGGACGGAGACAUUAUGUUGGGAGGAAUCUUCUCGUUCCACAGCAGCUGGAAAAACAGUCAUGAUAAAUACAUACAAAAACCUACUGAACUACAAUGCACCAGUUUGAAUUUCAGAGACUUCCAAUUUGCUCAGACUAUGCUUUUUGCAAUUGAGGAGAUUAAUAACAGCUCAGACCUGCUGCCAGGAAUUUCUCUGGGCUAUAAAAUCUAUGAUACAUGUGGUUCCAUUGCCAGAAGUGUAAGAGUUGCUUUGGCCUUGGUUAAUGGUGAUGAAAUGGUGGCUUCAGCUUCAAAUACAUGUUUAAGACCUGCACAUGUUCAGGCCAUAAUGGGAGAAACCUCUUCUUCUCCCAGCACAGCAAUUGCUACUUCCAUUGGACCGUUUCAUAUUCCACUGAUCAGCCAUUUUGCUACAUGUGCUUGUCUCAGUGACAAAACCAAGUACCCCUCAUUUCUCAGAACCAUACCAAGUGACUACUAUCAGAGCAGAGCUUUGGCUCAUUUGGUCAAACACUUUGGUUGGACCUGGGUUGGAGCUGUUAGAACCAACGAUGAUUAUGGCAACAACGGCAUGGCAACAUUUACAGAAACUGCAGAGCAGCUGGGCAUCUAUUUAUCAGACAGAAUACAAAAUAUAAUUGAAACUAUCAAAGCUUCAACUUCAAAGGUGAUUGUUGCUUUUGUCUCUCACAUGGAUUUAGUCAUUUUACUAAAAGAGUUUUCCAAAAGCAACUUGACAGGUUAUCAGUGGGUUGGCAGUGAGGGCUGGAUCUUUGAUUCUCAAAUUGCAGCAAUGGAUAAAAAUCACAUCAUGGAUGGAGCUAUAGGACUUUCUAUCCCAAAAGCCCACGUUGGUGGUCUGAAAGAAUUCAUGCUGGAUAUACAACCACUAAAUUCAUCAAACAAUAACUUGUUCACAGAAUUCUGGGAGGCAUUAUUCAGCUGUAAAUUCAAACAAUCACAAUCAGAAAAUAUUCAGAAAGAAUGUACUGGACAUGAGGAUCUGACUGGAGUGGAAAACAGCUUCACUGACAUGUCCCUCAUGCCCAUUUUUAAUAAUGUCUAUAAAGGAGUGUAUGCAGUGGCCCAUGCUCUGCAUGAUAUCCUCAAGUGUAAUAAAGCAUGCAGCAGCAAGGUGAAGCUAGAUCCCAUCACAACUUUACAGCACAUUCAGAAGAUUCACUUCAAAACAAAAGAAGGAAAUGAAGUUUACUUUAAUAAAUAUGGUGAUCCUGCAGCAAAAUAUGAAAUUAUAAACUGGCAGCUGAAAGAAAAUGACAAUGUAGAAUUUGUAACAGUCGGUCUUUAUGAUGCAUCUUUACCUGCAGAGAAACAACUAAAUAUAUAUAAUAACUCUUUACUUUGGGCAACAAAAUCACUCCAGGUUCCUGUGUCAGUCUGCAGUGAGAAGUGUCUUCCAGGAACACGGAAAGUUCUCCAGAAAGGAAAACCUGUUUGCUGCUACGACUGUGUAAUAUGUGCAGAGGGAGAAAUUAGCAACAUUACAGAUUCUAUCACCUGUUUGAAAUGCCCUCCUGAGUUCUGGUCAAAUGAAAAGAGAGAUGCUUGCAUAAAAAAGGAAGAAUUGUUUCUGUCAUAUAAAGAGAUUAUGGGAACCUUGAUCACCGCAGCCUCUUUACUUGGAACAUGUCUGACUGCUGCUGUCGCUGUCAUUUUCUUCAGACACAGAAAAACUCCUCUUGUCAGAGCAAAUAACUCUGAGUUGAGCUUCCUGCUGCUUUUCUCCUUGACGCUGUCUUUUCUCUGCUCUCUGACCUUCAUUGGACGUCCCUCUGAGUGGUCCUGUAUGCUCCGUCACACAGCUUUUGGCAUCACCUUCGUCCUCUGUAUCUCCUGUGUUUUGGGGAAAACAAUGGUGGUUUUAAUGGCCUUCAAAGCUACACUUCCAGGAAGAAAAGUGAUGAAACUGUUUGGGCCUACAGAGCAGAGACUCAGUGUUCUGGCUUUCACUCUUAUACAAGGUAUUGUAUGUAUCCUCUGGUUAACAAUUUCUCCUCCUUUUCCAAUGAAGAAUUUCAAAGAAUUUAAAGAUAAAAUCAUCUUGGAGUGUGCUCUCGGCUCAGUUGUAGGUUUCUGGUCUGUCCUUUUGUACAUUGGACUUCUUGCCGUGUUGUGUUUCAUUUGUGCUUUUCUGGCUCGAAAGCUGCCAGAUAAUUUCAAUGAAGCUAAAUUUAUCACCUUCAGCAUGCUGAUAUUCUGUGCAGUUUGGACAACUUUUAUCCCAGCGUAUGUCAGCUCUCCUGGAAAGUUCAGUGUAGCUGUAGAGAUUUUUGCAAUUCUAGCUUCGAGUUUUGGACUGCUGAUUUGUAUUUUUAUUCCAAAAUGUUAUAUAAUCUUGUUAAAACCUAGCAAAAAUACAAAAAAGAAUAUGAUGGGAAAGGGGCACCACAAUCAUUUUGAAAAGAUAUAA